AUGACAAUAACCUGUAGUGUUUCUAAGUGAAUAGAAGCCCAAAGAAAGACAUUAUUUUACAAAGAUGAAAGAAAAGAUAUUUUGUAUGCAUUUUUGGACAACUCCUGAGCCAUUUUGAAUCUCUCUUGAGAGAUAAUUUUAGAGAGCAUCCUGCCCUGAGACUGUAAGUAGUUUGCAAAUGGGAUUGCUUAAUACCUUCUCAAAUCCUGAACUAUGGCUUUAUUUUAUUUUCCUACAGUUGGACCAGCAACUCUUCACCUAUAACUUCUCUCCAAGAGUUGAAUUCUGGACACUGAAGUCACUUGUUCUAGGCAAAGUCACAGAUCCCAUUGGAAAGAGAGAUGAGCGUGAACCACUCACAGACACUGUCCAAAGUGACUCAGCAGUCAUUGGAGGUAUCAUAGCAUUGGUGACAUUUGUCACUUUUUGUGUAAUCGGAAUCAUGAUCCGCUUCUUGUAUCUGCAUAAGCAGUCACACUGCACCAAUCAGACGAAGGAGAAGGAAUACCCAGAGAAUUUAUGCAAUUCAUUCAGAAAUGCCAUUGACUUGCAAAACACAGCCAGCGAGUGCAAACGGGAAUACUUCAUCUGAACUAUGGCAGGGUUACCUGGUCUGCUUUUUUGUAUUGUUUUCCCUCUUUUCUCUUCUCUUUUCUGUCUUGUAAUUUAGGGAUUCUCAUUCUCUCACUUGCCAUUGGUUUUCUGGAACACACAUGAUUCACCAGAAAAACUGAUCUCCUUUACCCAGCUUAAGAGCUCAGGUAGUUUUUGCUACUGUAGUCCUUUGAUAUAUGUGUCAUUUUGAAAAGGACCAAUGGAGAUACAGACUUUGCUAUUUUAAACAAGAAAUAGACAAAUGUGCCUCUCUUUGUAGUCCAGUUUCUAAACUUUACUCAUUAGUUUCUUAGGUACUUGGUCUUGUAACCUUACAUUAGAAUUGAAUUAUUGAGUUCUGUAGUAUUUGUCUUUAACAAUCGUUCCUGGUAAUACCAUAUUGUUAGACAUGCUUUUAUUGGAGAAAAUGGAGUUUGUCUGUGACAAAGAAAGCAGUGUCAACUCUUCCUUUAAGUGGUGUGUUUAUCAGGGAGCCCAAUAGAGUAAGAAGUUAUGAGGGAAAGUAAAUUCACCUUGGAAAGUAACAUUGGCUUUCAAUGCCCUGUGAGAGAGGGACAUUGGGAGAUAUUAUGUCACAAAGAAAUACAUCUAAAAUUGGCAAAACUUUGUGUGUGUGUGUGUGUGUGUGUGUGUGUGUGUGUGUGUGUGUGUGUGAACCCAGUACUUGUAAACUAUACAAACUAUCCAGGUUCUUUCCCCUGGCAUAGCAGAAAGAGCAGUGAGCCUAGUUUAUCUGUGAGGUCUGAC